AUGGCGGCCUCUCGGAGCUUUGAGUGGCAACCUGCCAAGCUGCUGCAGGACCAGGAGAGCAGCCCCGACUUUGCUCUGCUCGUGCUCAACCAACCGCUCAAAAACAGCGCCAAUCUGCGUCGACUCUGGAAGAACUCAACUCUGCGGGUCGCGGCAGACGGCGGCGCCAAUAGGCUACAUGAGUUGUCUUCGUUUAGGGGCAAGUUUUCCAACCUACAAGCCAUUAUCGGCGAUCUUGAUUCCCUCGCGCCGUCCGUGAGAGACUUCUACUCUUCUCAGCCCAAGCCGGCGGAGGUCAUCCACGACACGGACCAAGAAUCCACCGACUUUUCCAAGGCAAUCACGUGGAUCCGCGGUUCUCAGCCAGAAGCGCUCGACAUCGUCGCGCUCGGUGGCAUUGGCGGACGAGUCGACCAGGGCAUCAGCCAACUCCACCACCUUUACCUCUUUCAGCCCGGCUCCGACUACUCCAUGGGCCGCGUCUAUCUCCUCUCCGGGUCCAGCAUAACAUUCCUCCUCAAGGCCGGCACUCAUCGUAUCCACGUCAAGGAGGACGGCGAGGACCUUGUCUUUGGCAAGCAGGUCGGGAUCAUUCCGCUGCAGGAGCCGAGCGUCAUCUCCACCAAAGGACUCCAUUGGGACGUCAGCGGCUGGGAGACAAGAAUCGGAGGAAAGCUCAGCACCAGCAACCUCGUCCGGCCAGAGACCAAGUACGUCGAGGUCGAGACAACCAAAGACGUGCUGUUCACGUUGGCACUACGGCAGGUCGACGGCGAAGAGGAAGGAUGA